CCUCGGCGUAUUGUUAUUCUACAAUAAAAUACGACGUUGAAUCUCAUGUUUCGUUUAACAAAAACAAAUCAGUGCAACUUGCAACUCGAAAAUAGUGAAAUGUUUCCUCCGGAAGAGUUUUCAAGUGACAAUGGGAGAUUAAUGGCUGCAGUCGCAAGUUGACAUACUGAUCCAGAUGUUAUUGGACUAUUGUAUUGAAAAUAGAUGAGGAGGUGCUUGAAUUCAUGAAGGAACAGCAAUGCACUAGAAAAGGGAUCCUGUGAAGUGUGAACAUAGAGCCGAAGUACCCAAUAGUCCUACAAGGUCAGAAACAUGUUCACUGCAACCCAGACCUCCAAGACCCAGUUCUUGGACAAAGCCCGGCAGCUGAGGGAGGAGAGGAAAGGCCACAAGGAGAAGGAUAGAGCUGCCACUAUCAUGCAGGCGCUGGUCAGGAGGUUCCUUUGUCGCUGUGCAUUGCAGAAAGACAUCAGAAAAGAAGUUGAUGAGUAUUUCGCCGCCAGCGAGGCGGGCACGAUGAAGAGAAAUGCAUUAUCCAUAUUUAAGAUUGCACGGAAGUUAUUGUUCAUCUGUGGCAAGGAUGACAAAUUGCGCUUUGAGAAGCUUUGCCGCGCCAUUCUCAGCAGCAUGGAAGUUGAGAAUGAAUCUAAAGUGUGGUACGUGUCCUUGGCCCUGUCCAAAGACCUCACCAUCGCCUGGCUCAAGCAGGUUAAAGAUGUCCUGUGGAUGUGCUGUGAGUUCCUCAAAAAACUAAAGCCUGACAUAAUGCAGGACAGUAAGCUGGUGACACUACACCUCACUAUGCUCAUCACGUUCACUGACACUGCUACCUGGAAGAUCGUGAAAGGCAAAGGAGAACCGUUGAAACCAGCCCUGAACAGAAUGUGUGAGAACAUCAUGGGCCAUCUCAACCAGAAGGGAUUUUACUCCGUGUUGCAGAUUUUGCUCACAAAUGGAUUGGCAAGAUCCAGGCCCUCUCUGACCAAGAGCAUGUUAACAGCCAUCUUCACACUCUCCCUCAGACCUGUGAUCGCUGCACACUUCUCCGAUAACCUGCUGAGGUCCUUCCUCAUCCACAUCAUGUCUGUUCCAGCAGUCAUUUCUCACCUCAACACACUAACCCCCGAGUGCAUGGCCACCAUCCAGGCUCACGACCUCCUGAGGAAGUUCAUCUUGUUCCUGAGUCGAGAGGAACAGUGCCUUGACAUCUGUGUCUGCCUGGAGGGAAGUCACACACUGUGCUUACUAGGUAACCUCAUUCACCUGGGUUACCUGAACGAGAAAGUACUGGAGGAGGAGGCCAACCACUUUGUGAAGGACCUGACGGACAUGCUGUCGUACUGCCAGAGAUACGUGUCUCAGAAGAAGUCCAACCUCACGCACUGGCACCCCGUACUGGGAUGGUUCUCCCAGACUGUGGAUUACGGCCUGAACGAGUCCAUGCCCCUGGUGACGCGGCAGCUGCAGUACCUGUGGGGCGUGCCCGUCAUCCGCACGCUCUUCUGCGACGUGCUCAGCAAGAAGCUGGAGGCCCAGGAGCCCACCCCUCCUCCCCCGCCCCAACCAAGCAUGUCGCAGAACAACCUGCCAGUCAAGAACCUGUUCAAGCGGGCGUUCCAGAAGUCGGCGUCGGUGCGGAACAUCCUGAAGCCGGUGGGCGGGAAGCGCGUGGACUCGGUGGAGGUGCAGAAGGUGUGCAGCAUCUGCGUGCUGUACCAGACCGCCCUGACCACCCUCACCCAGAUCCGCCUGCAGAUCCUCACCGGCCUGACGUAUCUGGACGACCUGCUGCCCAAGCUGUGGGCCUUCAUCUGUGAGCUGGGGCCCCAGGGCGGCCUCAAGCUCUUCCUGGAGUGCCUCAACAACGACACGGAGGAGUCCAAGCAGCUGCUCGCCAUGCUCAUGCUCUUCUGCGACUGCUCACGCCACCUCAUCACGAUUCUGGAUGACAUUGAAGUCUAUGAGGAGCAAAUAUCGUUCAAAAUCGAGGAGCUUGUUACCAUUUCCUCGUUUCUCAAUACAUUUGUCUACAAGAUGAUUUGGGACGGCCUCCUUGAGAAUGCCAAAGGUGAGAAGCUGGAUCUGUUCCAUAGCGUCCAUGGCUGGCUAAUGGUCCUGUACGAGCGAGACUGCAGACGGAGAUUCUCUCCAGAUGACCACUGGCUCCGCAAGGACCUGAAGCCCAGCCUGCUGUUCCAGGAGCUGGAGAAGGGCAAGAAGAGAGCCCAGCUGCUACUGCAGUACAUCCCGCACGUCAUCCCGCACAAAAACCGGGUGCUGCUGUUCCGGAACAUCGUGACGAAAGAGAAGGAGACGCUGGGAUUGGUGGAGACGAGCCAGGCCUCCCCGCACGUCACCCACAUCACCAUCCGACGCUCACGCAUGCUGGAGGACGGGUACGACCAGCUUCGGCGAUUGCCGGUCAACUCCAUCAAAGGAGUGAUCCGCGUGAAGUUUGUCAAUGACCUGGGGGUGGACGAGGCUGGUAUUGACCAGGACGGUGUCUUCAAGGAGUUCUUAGAAGAGAUCAUCAAAAAGGUCUUCAACCCGGCACUGAAUCUGUUCAAGACGACCAGCGGGAACGAGCGCCUCUACCCGUCGCCCACGUCCAACAUCCACGAGUACCACCUGCAGCUGUUUGAGUUCGUGGGCAAGAUGCUGGGCAAGGCCAUGUACGAGGGCAUCGUGGUGGACGUGCCCUUCGCCUCCUUCUUCCUCAGCCAGGUGCUCGGGCACCACCACAGCACCUUCUACAGCUCCAUCGACGAGCUGCCCUCGCUCGACUCCGAGUUCUACAAGAACCUCACCUCCAUCAAGCGCUACGAUGGAGACGUGAGUGACCUGGGGCUGACCCUGUCGUAUGACGAGGAGGUGAUGGGACAGUUGGUUUGCCAUGAGCUCAUUUGUGGUGGGAAGACCAUGGCUGUGACCAAUGAAAACAAGAUCAGCUACAUCCACCUGAUGGCGCACUUCCGGAUGCACACGCAGAUCAAGGAGCAGACGGCGGCGUUCAUCCGCGGCUUCCGCGGCAUCAUCAACCACGAGUGGCUGCACAUGUUCUCCACGCCCGAGGUGCAGCGCCUCAUCUCCGGGGACAACGCCGAGAUCGACCUGGACGACCUCAAGAAGCACACUGUGUAUUAUGGAGGUUUCCACAGCAGUCACCGUGUGAUCAUCUGGCUGUGGGACAUCCUCUCCAGUGACUUCACCCCGGAGGAGAGGGCCAUGUUUCUCAAGUUUGUCACCAGCUGUUCCAGGCCCCCUCUGCUGGGCUUUGCCUACCUCAAACCCCCCUUCUCCAUCCGCUGUGUGGAGGUGUCCGACGACCAGGACACGGGGGACACCCUGGGCAGCGUGCUGCGGGGCUUCUUCACCAUCCGCAAGAAGGAGCCGGGCGGCCGGCUGCCCACCUCGUCCACCUGCUUCAACCUGCUGAAGCUGCCCAACUACAGCAAGAAGAGCAUCCUGCGCGACAAGCUGCGCUACGCCAUCAGCAUGAACACGGGCUUCGAGCUCUCCUAACCACCGGCCCGUCGUGGAGCGUCAGGCCGCACGCCGCAUGCUCCAGCGCUCAUCACACACACACACACACACACACACAGACACACACACACACACACACACACACACACAAACACACACACACACACACACACACACACACACACUCUCACACUGAAAGACCUAUGAAGUGCUGCAAGGGUGGGGGCAGCUUGAGGCAGACUAGCCCUGGGGGAGACACCAGAGCCAGAUACCUCACACACAUACACACACACACACACUCACACCGAAAGACCUAUGAGGCAGUUGAAACCCGAUGGAGAUGUAUGGAAUCCCUGAUCCCCUGCGUCCCCUGAAUGACUUGCCUGUAAGAUAAGAGAAGGACUACUAAACCAAGCAGCUCGCUCUUUCCUAGAAGACCCUGUCUCAGCAUCUGAAGCGCACGGAGCUUCAGUCGCCUUACUGAAAUUAGACCCUCGACGGAGGUAGCCUCCGCUGCAGGCUUUGAGAUCCGUUGGGGGCGAAAGGGGUGAAAAGUUUUUUUGGGGCAGCCCGUCCUGUUCUGCGGCAGAGUUCCUGACCCCCCCCCCCCCCCCCCAGACAGUCUGUCCCUCUGAGCUGGAAGGAACUCUCCCGUAGAGGCCAGAGCGAGAGGGACUGAGAGGGACUGUCAGUGUGUCACCUGCCCACUAAACUCUGAUCCUAAAGAACUCGCCGUAGGAGUGGAAAGGAGGGGGAAAAACAAAGCAAAAUGACACACCCUUGGCGUUAAUGCCGAUAUUUCUCAGGCCCCCCAUCCCCAUCCCCUGGUAGCCCUUGGCCAUGCGUGUGGGGAUGCGACCUUUGACCUGGAAAGCAAUACAGACACAACGAGACAACAAAGCCAUGUAAGACACGAGCACUCACCUAACCUAUCUACACAGACACAGACACACACACACACACAGACACACAUCUACAUAUCUCCAUGAACCCAGACAGAAUAAGGAAAUGGGGAAGAGUGUUCUGUGGCACAGCUUGUUGACGUCUGUCUCUCGAGGAGCUCAUUGCAGCCCCAGUGUGUCUGCUCCUCUCCGCUUCAUAAUGGUCAGAGAGUGUGAUUUAAGAUGGACAGUAUUGAACAGCUUUGGAUGAAGGAGUGGAAAUAUAUACUGCUUUAGAAGGCAGUGGAAGAGACAGACCGAAUGACCCUUUUUGUGAAAGACUCAUCUCAUCUCCUAGUUCUCUCCCGUAUUCUAACACUAACGGCCUCCGUGCGGAGGCAACAUCCUGCACAUAAGUGAAACUUUUCCUUUUUUUUUUUUGCACAUCUCCAGACAUGCACAGACACAGUUGUCCUGUUGUACCACUCUGCUUUUGACCUGACACACCUCUCACUCCUUAAGUGUCAUUUCUUUACAAUGACAGAUGUCCAUGUACUGUUUAACUUUUUUCUUUUUUUUUUCUCUUUUUCAAACAGAGUCUUUAUGUGAGGUCACCUUCUCCCCCCAUUUAUUUACAUUUAAUGUAUGUUAUAUUAACACAGGCACUGAGUUGUCCUAUUAUGAUGUUAAACCUCCAGUCUGAGGUUUGUAGCCAGAGACGUUGUCCUACUCCGUGUGGGUUUCAUAAAGAGAUAUGGAAACCAGUGCCUCCUGCAUGACAUGUAUCUCUCCACUACCUGCAUCGCCCAUCGCUUUUAAAAACAAAGGCACAAGCCUCUCACCCACACACUCGUGUCCAGCCUCACCCUAUUCACACAGCCUGGCCCUGCUUUCAUAUGGACAUCAUAACCGGAGGAGGAGAUGGGGAGGUCUUCUGGAGUCCUCGGUGAUAUCAGACAGCAUUCUAAUCCUCUGUGUUCAUCUGUCCCUCCCCAAGACACAGCAUUUGGUUUGGGGGGGGGGGGGGGGGGGGGGGGGCGCACAUGAGUGUCCCCGUGGAAAUGAAGCCAUAAAAACGGGCGGGGGUAUUGCAAGAGCAGGGACUGUGGAGUGAGUGCCACAAGCAGAAACCUGGCCUGCACAGUCCUGCAGAACAGUUCAUGGGGAAAUUUCCAUUUGAGACUUGCAGCUGACUUCUUUUUUUUUUUUUUUUCAACUCAUCAACUUGUGGUGAGAAGGAAAAAAAACAAACAAACUAUUAAAGGACACCUCUUUCCUA